UCACUUUUGAGAUUUUUAGGAAAGAUUAGCACUGGCCACACUGCGAAAUUGGACGACAAAUACAUCGACGACGAAGCCCAGAGUAAAAAUAAUAACAAAAUACAAUGCAGACGCACAGGCGAGAGUAAAAUGGAGUAUCCACAAAUUGAUUUAUACGAAUUCCUCACGGAGUCCGAGCUGCAACAGUACUACAAUGCCGUCAAAAACGAAUUGAAAAUAACGAACGCGGCGCAGUUCAAGUAUGCGGCGGACGAGGAUUUGCGCUUCAUCGGCCUGUCGCGGCCGGAAAUCCGGCGGUUGCGCAAGUUCUACGAGAAGCACUUCCCCCACAGCUACCUCAGCAAGAUCAAGCGUCUGCUGCAGGCGCCCGGCACGAUGGUAAAGCGGGAGGAAGCUCCCGGAAGCGGGACUCAAGUGGCCGCCGAUGGCAGUGGUGCCGCCGCAGGCACAUCGCUGGCCGUCAAGAACGGGGCCAGUUCGCCGAGCAAGGUGCCCAACAACAAGCACAUCAUUCCGGCGGACUCGAUCAGCGUGAACAAGCAGCUGGGCACAGGCGAGUUCGGCAUCGUCCAGCAGGGCGUCUGGACCAAUGGCAGCGAGAGGAUCCAAGUGGCCAUCAAGUGCCUCUGCCGCGAGCGCAUGCAGUCGAAUCCAAUGGAGUUCCUGAAGGAAGCGGCCAUUAUGCAUUCCAUCGAGCACGAGAACAUCGUGCGGCUGUACGGUGUCGUCCUGGCCACGGACUCGCUCAUGCUGGUCACCGAGCUGGCCCACCUGCGCUCGCUGCUUGAGUGCCUCAAGGACUCCGGGCUGCGGGUCAGUUUCCUCACCAUACCCACUCUCUGCGAGUUCGCCCUGCAGAUCUGCAAUGGAAUGCGGUAUCUGGAGCAGAAGCGCCUGAUCCAUCGGGACUUGGCGGCACGGAACAUCCUAGUGUUCAGCAAGGACAAGGUUAAGAUCUCGGACUUUGGCCUCUCGCGGGCCCUGGGCGUGGGCAAGGACUACUACAAGACAAACUUCAAUGUGAACCUUAAGCUGCCGAUUGCGUGGUGUGCGCCCGAGUGCAUCAACUACCUGCGCUUCACCAACGCCUCUGAUGUGUGGGCCUACGGCGUCUGCCUGUGGGAGAUGUUCUCCUACGGCUUCCAGCCCUGGGCCGCGCUCACCGGCCUCCAGAUACUAGAGGCCAUCGACUCGCCCAACUACCAGCGUCUGGAGCAGCCCGACUGCUGCCCCAGCGAGUACUACACCCUGAUGAUGAAGUGCUGGCAGGACGAUGCCGCCAAGCGGCCGCGUUUCGGUGAGAUCUAUGACCAGCUGCCCGACAUGAAGCCGGAGCAGCUCAAGGCGGUGGUCAACUGUGCGGAGCCCAAGAAAGACCACCUGCUGUACCGCCAGGGCGACAUUAUCAGUGUCCUGGACCGCAACACGGGCACGCCCUUCUGGAAAGGAGUGCUCAGCACUGGAAAGACGGGCUACUUCAACCCCUCCAACACGGUGGCCUUCCUCGAAGGCUUGCCCAGCUCCAGCCGGGACUCGUUCAGCCGGGCGAGUGACCACCGGAGUAGCAAGCGCAAGCUGCGCACGGAGAUGAUAUCGAAGCCGCAGAACGACUUCAAGCACACCGGCCACGUGGGCAUAGACGGUGCCACCUUUGGCGACAUCGCCUUCCUCGGCAGCUCCCAGAAUUACAAUCACGUGCCCAAGCAGAUAGUGACGCCCUACAAGCCCUCGGAGGACAUUGAGCAGACGCCUCUCCUGCUCCCCCCGACACCCACGAGUCCGGAUUCGUUGCAAACGGCCAGUGGCUACUUCCCAGAGGGCGGAGGCGGUGCCAUGGGCACUUCCAUGAACCCUACCUUCAUUCCAUCCGCCGAGCACACGCCCAAGCUGAUAGCCACCAACGGCCAAAGCUCCUUCGACUUCGCCACGGGGGGCUCCACCAAUCCGUUCUUCCUCAACCGCGGGGAGGAUGAACAGCUGGAGUUUGCCCUGCACAACAAUAACUACGGGGGGGAUGGCAAGAGCCUGCACUCGAGCGAGGCAGGGUGGCGCCCUGCCUCUCGGAGUGUGGCGGAUGAUCCGCACGAGUACCACGAGAUAUCGGAUGACGAGAUGGUGGCCGACAAGCUGGACUUUGGGCCGUCGCUGCUGGACGAGAUUAACUCCAUGUUCGGGUCGAUCAGCGGGGCCUCGGGAAGCCAGCCGAAGUCGCCGGGGUUCGACCAUGUGAACAGCAAGAACGAGUUUGCGGAAAUGUCGGCCAAACUGGGCCAGAAGAGCGGCGACACCAAUGGCAACAGUAAGCACGGCCAUGGACUGUUGCCGACGCUCUCGAAGAAGAAGACCUCGGGCACCGUGAAGCCCAUUUCGGUCAAGGAUGAGAAGAUUCUCAAUCACGCCAUCGAGAUUGCCAACGAGAUAAGCGCCAGGUCGAUGAUUGAUCUGGUCUCUGACCAGACGCCCGCCAUCCACAGUCCCAAGCGCAAGUUCAGCUUCAGGUUUCCGCAUUUGAGCAACAGCAGCGGAGGGGACAAGGCGGGAGCCAUGGGAAGCGGCGGUGCCAGCGGAUCGGCCCACACACCCACCCACGGCAACGCCUCGCCCUUUUCCAAAAAGAAGAACUUCACGGAGGAGCUGCAGAGCAUUCCCGACAUACAGCGUUUCCGCUCGCUGAGCGAGAUCAAGAACAGCACGGACCUGCGUGUGCCCAUUUUCGACAAGGAGAGCUCCGACUUCCUGUUCCAGAAAUCGCGCGAGAUCCUCAGCAGACCGCUGAACCUGGAACGGGAGCGGGCUACGGAGGAGGAGCACCCGCAGAAGAGCAUCGACGACAACAUCAUGGACAUUGAAAACACCCUAAAGGCGCUCAAUCUGGACUUUAUGCACACGUACACGGAGCUGGACAAGAGUGACUCCAACGACACGAUCCUCAACGACCAGCUGCCGCAGCUUGUGAGCCUGGAUGACGGCAUAAGCAGUGCCACGGGAAGCCUCAAGUCGGCCGUUUACAGCUACAGCAACGGGGUCCAGACCAUGUUUGAUUUCAAUGCGGCCACCAGUCACCUGGACAAGCAUCUGCAGUACAUGCACAACCAGGCGCAGCUGAGCGCCCCCGCUCCUGCGGAUCCCAAGCCCAUGGAGGACAAGCGCUCAAGCACCCCGGACACGGGGUUCGCCUCGCGGGAUACCAACAUCUCGCUGUCGCGCCGCAGCAGCCAAAAGUCCAGCUACAGUCCCCAGGAGAGCUUCCACUUCCCCCUCAAGGGCGAGGCCCUGUUCAGCGCCCCGCCUGUGGUCAUGACGGGCGGCUAUACCAGUCUCAAGGAUGAGUUGGCGUACGAGAGAUUUGGAAACGGAGCCACCAAGCAGAUGCUAGCAAGCGCUUCGCCCAUCAAGUCGGGAUUGAAUGCCAGCAGCGGCUCGGUGUACAUGGGAUCCAAGGGAUACCGCCAACGCUCGACCUCCUUCAACGAGAGCUUCCACCCCAUCUCGCCGGUUCUCUCGGAGCCACAGCGGGAGCGCGGUGUGAUCCAGCGGCAGGUGAGGCUGGAGCAUCAGGCGCCUCUGCCACGGCGCUCCGCCUCCUAUAAGCCCCGUUCCAUUCGAGCGCGAACCCUGCGGCGACUGAGCUACAAUCCCAUGACCCUGGACUCGAGUUCCUCCAGCGGCGAGGAGCCAGUCAAGCCCAGUCUGGCCCGCUCCGAGUGCGAUAUCCGGGCCAGGGUGGCGGCCAGCUCGAAUGCCUCGUUGGGCAGGCGCCGCCGAGCGGGAUUGAACCGCCAGGUGCAGUCCGCCUGCCAUGACGAGCGCGAGGCCGUUAUUUCACCUCGCCAGAUCUAUGGCUCCAACUCGAGCAUCAAGUCGGCGCCGCACUACAAUCUCGGCGGGCAGCGUCGCAGCUUCCACCGCGGAGGGGGUGGCGUGCCGGGCGGUGGCUACGAGCAGUUCCAAUACGACGAGCGGAUCUACGACUUCGGGGGACGCGGACCGGGCAACAACUACAACAUGGCGCACGCCAGUUAUCUGAGCACCACUCAGAAGCCGAGCUACAUCUUGAACGGCGCCGAAAUGCCCGGCUCCGGAUCGGGUUCAUCUUCGGCAGCCUCGUCGGCUGUACAGCAGGCCACCUACAGGCCGGACGGUGGCACGGCCUUGCAGCGGCCCAUGAGUGGUGGAGCCGCCCUGCACGAGUUCGACAUAAGCCGGCUGACGGGAAAGAGUCCCACGUCCACCAAUUUUGUGGGCAGUUCGCCCGAGGAGCUUAAGCAGCGCCAGCUCUCCAUGGGCUCCCUGCUGACGCCGACUGGCAAAAUGGCAAAGCCAAAGCGCCCCACGGAGUUCCACUGGCCGGAGAAAAUACACGCCUCGGCGGUGAAGCAGCACGAGAUGCACUGGCGGCAGAUGCAGCACCAGCAGCAGCCUCAGCACCAUCAGCAACAGCUUGCCACGGCCGUGAUUAUCAGUGCCGGCGCGGCUGGAGGAGCUGUGGCAGCCAGAAGGUCCAGCGAUAGCUCCUCCUCUUCCAGCACCGAGAGUGGCGAUGAGUUUCAGUUCCGGCGCGAGUUCGUAGCACCGCGAAUCCCGCCUAGUCCGGCUCCAUAACUAAGGAAAAUGCUGAAAUACGUUCUCAAUUUACUGUUCGGCAAUGUGAUGUCCGAUUAGAGGAUGAUCGGAAGGCAGGACGACCCAAAGAGUGUGGCGGAGAGAUAGGAAUUUGACCCGGAAUACCAUGGCCAGGAAUGGACGCUCCACCGUGGCGGGGCUGUGUUUGUGCUAGCUAGUGUCUGUGUGUGUUUGAGAGAGGGAAAGGAGUGUUUGAGCGGAGGAGGAGUCUGUUGGACGUCGAAGAGUAAAUUGUAGAAGUAUUUACAGCGAAUAGAUUAUAUAUAUUUUUUGGAUUUGCAUUUUUUGAAACGAGAUGAGAGUGUGUGCCUUAUAGGAAAAACACCGAAGACCUCUCAGAACAGAUAAUAAUGAUGUGCAGACGAUCAGCUGCAUAGCUUCCAAAAUCCAUUCAUCCACUUAAUAGCUCAUAGCUCCUCAUCAUCAUUAUGAACUCUCUUUGAUUGGGUUUCUGUUUUUAAUUCGAUUAAAUUUUGCAUAAUAGGAAUUAGAGCUGUAAAUAAAAUCGAUUCUAUAGUUGAUAAAUUGAUUUUUAAAUUGAGCGAUCGAUAUACAUUUUCAGAGUCGAUUUAAUCGAAAAAGUUUAGUAAAGAGUUGAAAAUUUUGAUUUAUUAUUUUAUAUUAUAAUUUGUGCUCGUUUAGGAAUCCCGAAACUCUGGAAUUUGGUAUUCUGGAUUUCAAUGGCUGAAAGUAGUGCUGGAACAAACAUCGAUGUUUAUUCGAUACAAUCGAUGUUUCAACAAAAUCGGCCAACAUCGAUGUUCACUUGUCAAACAUCGAUUAUUUUCAACUGUCACUUAAAAACCGAGCAAGAAGGCAGAAUUGGCAUACUAGAUCAAAAAUUUGUUUAUACAUCGAAUCGAAUCACUGAAAAUCAAUUUAUUUCAAGCUCUAAAAUGCAUUGUUUUUCAAAGACUAGUUUAAAAACGUGUUUCGACUUUAUCGUUCUACGAAACGCAAUACCAAUUAGAAUCGAAACUUAAAGCGGAACUAUGUCUGAAAUUUUAUCUGCAACUCUCAAACAGGAAAUACUCACUCCACUCAGUAGCCUACAAAUCAUAUACAACUAGAAAUUCAAAUACAAACUUUAAAAGGAAAUAUUACAAAGAUAACAAAGAGAUAAUGGCUUCCACAAACGGAAUAUAGAAUGUUCAAGAAUUUUUUAAUACAGAAAUAUAAACCCAGAAGAACUCGUAGCUUGUCGAAAACAGUAUGUCAACACAAACACCACACACUUAUUAGGGGGACUCCAACUAGACAGGGUAUUUCCUAUUGGCCAUUACCAUGGCGGUAAUUAUAAGUCACACACAGACACAAGGAACCUAAAGACUGUAUAAGAACAAGAUGCUAAACGCCAAUACAUUUGAAUUGACAUAUGAAAGCUCUACAAUGUUAGCUUGCUUUUGAACAAAAUCUUCAAGAAAGCCUAAAUCCAGCUCUAGAGCCAGAUAAAUCCUAGUACAAAAAGAAGAACGGCGUUACUCAUCUUGUUAUUCUAAAGCCUUUGAAGAAACUACAAGGACAGACAGAGACAGACACAGACACACACCCACAACAGUUGACAAUCCUCAGAACUUGUCCACACACAUCAGAAGACAACAUUCGUCGUCGGAUCAAGAAUCCCGUACAUAUGCAAAUGGAUUAUCUGCCAUAUCCUGAGACGCUUGCAUUUUUAUUAUUGAGCCCGAGGCUAGGGUGAAGCUAAAGUGAAACAUGAAACCAAACGAUACCGAAACCAAGAUAAGCAUUUAAGCUCUCACUUCAGCUAGAGUGUCGAACCGAACCCUAUGGAUUAUCUGAUAAGAUUUGAGAUUGAAGAGUAUUUGCCUACUAACCUAAAAAACGUAAACCUAAGACCUAAAAGCCCCAAACCUAACAUUAAAAAACCCAAAAAACUUAACCAAACAAAAGCUAAAACUAAAAAUUAACUCAAAUCGAAUUGCCGACGGCCGCAAAGUGUCGAAACAUUUUUUGAUAACCUCACUAAGAAUAUAUAUAUUAUACUAUAAAGAAUAUACUUAUACUAAAAGAUUUUCGCAUUCUAUGCAUUUAUGGAUAAACUCAAAUUGAAAUUACGAUAUACAGAUUAUAUAUAUACACCUACUUAAAUCUAAACCUAAUUCUAUGUAUACAAGUAUAAGCAUUACGGAAAAUGAUAUUCUAAACUAUACGUUCGAAGCGUUUCAACCCAGAGAACAUUAAAAAGCUAAUUGAAAACCAAAAUUUACUCAAGUAUUAUACAAGAAACAAGCCCCAAAAACUAAGGAACUAAAAGAACUAACAUCCAAACUAAACUAAAUUCAAACUAAGAUAACAACACCUAUUUGAAGUGGCGAAAAUCGAGAAGAGUUUGCAUUCCAAGAACCAAAAAACAAACGAGUUAAAAUUGGUAAUCAAAAACCUAAGAAAAUGUUGUGCAUAUUUAAAGGGAUUUAAUAAAGGAAACCUAAUUCUGAA